AUGUCUUUCAGCAAUGCAGACACCGGCAGCAAGCCUGCCGACCCCUACACCGCCAAGAACAAGGAGCAGCCCGAGCUUAAGGAAAAGGUCACUGACCUCAUCAACUUCGUCGAGAAGUCCAAGUACUGCAUGAUGACCACUCGCAUUGCCAGCAGCGGACUUCUCGUCUCGCGCUGUAUGGCUCUUGCUGCCAAGGAGGGUAACGGUGUCGACCUCAUCUUCCACGCCAACAGCGAGUCCGGCAAGACCGACGACCUCGAGUCCGACAACGACAUCAACUUGGCCUUCCUGCAGCCUUCUGGCGAGUGGGCCUCCAUCUCCGGUAUUGCUUCCAUCGAGAGCGACCGUGAGAAGGUCCGCAAGUACUACUCUCCUGGCCUCAAGGCCUGGCUGGGUGACCUCGGUGACGGCAAGCACGACGGUGGCCCUGAGGACCCCAGAAUCAUCCUCAUCAAGGUCAAGGCCAAGACUGCCCAGUACGCCAUCACUAGAUCCGCCACCGGUGCCAUCGGCAACUUCGUCGAGUUCGCCAAGGGUGUCGCUACUGGUGAGACCGCUCAGGUCAACAAGCUCAGAUACCUGGACGAGUCAGAGCUUCAGCAGUGUAAGUUACUACAUAAUCUCACCAAUGUUCACCAUACUGACAGUCUCGCAGGGCGUUCAAGCAGCCAAUAG